AGAAAGGCGCCCUUCGCUCUCUCUCCGUCACUCGAUUUUCUUCUCCUUCCGCGGAGAGAGCUCGGAGGAAAGAAGAAGAGGAGGGAGGGGGGAGGAAGAGGAAGGAGGCAUCCCUCGGAUUCUCUCUCUCUCGAGUUUCCUUGCUCAGAUCUGCGGGACACCCAGCGGGUUUGCGUGAGGAAACUCGUCGCUCUAGAAACAUAAUAAGGUGCAAAGCAUGGUUGUACAGGGUUUUACAGUGGAUCUUAAUAAGGCUCUGGUAUUUCAGGUUGGCCAUCUUGGAGAUGCUUACCAGGAAUGGGUACACCAGCCAAUUGUAUGCACAGAAGGGCCUCGCUUUUUUGACAAUGAGAUAUUGGAGUUCUUGACAAAGACAGCAUGGUGGGUGAUUCCAGUUACUUGGCUUCCUUUUGUCUGUUACUUCAUAACGAAAUCCAUUUCACUGGGGCAUACACCAUUACAAGUAGCCUCCAUGGUUGUUGCUGGAAUCUUUGUGUGGACUUUGAUAGAGUAUACACUGCACCGCUUCCUUUUCCACAUAAAGACAAGAAGUUAUUGGGGAAAUACCAUGCAUUAUCUUCUGCAUGGUUGCCAUCAUAAGCACCCGAUGGAUGGUCUUCGCCUUGUCUUCCCGCCUGCAGCAACAGCUAUUCUACUUUUUCCAUUCUGGAAUCUAGUGAAGCUUAUAUCCACUCCUACCACUCAACCUGGCUUAUUUGGAGGCGGCCUUUUGGGCUAUGUCUUGUAUGACAUCACACACUACUACCUGCAUCAUGCUCAGCCUUCACAAGAGGUGCUGAAAAAUCUCAAGAAAUAUCAUCUGAAUCAUCAUUUCAGAAUCCAGAACCGGGGGUUCGGGAUAACUUCUUCAUUCUGGGACAAGGUUUUUGGAACUCUGCCCACAACAAAAUCAGCGGACAAGCAAAGGUGAUCAGUUAUGAGCUGUCAAAUUGGCAAAUGAGCUUGCAUGACAAUCCAAGGUCUCCCUUCUCCAGAUUUUUCCCUCUUUCUCAGUUUGUGUCCAUUCCUUCUCUUGUAUAACCUCCGGUGAGAUAGAUUUUUCGUUGUGCAGUGAGUUUAAUGGGUUAUGUUGUAUAAGACUUUCCAAUAGUGAAUUUAUUUGUUGGUUCAA